AUGGCGGCUCUCGAGACGGCGCUCGCGAGCCAAGUGCAGCGCUAUCUGGACGCCAACGUGUACGACAAUGCACGUUUUCUAGCCGAGCGACUUGUUGCUCAUCGCCCGAGCGAGAGCAACGCGCUGGUACUUGCCACAUGCUACUACCGAAACGGUCAAGCAGCUCGCGCAGCAGCCGUGCUGAGCGGUGCAACGAGGCCGGAGAAUCGCUACUUGCUUGCUUGCUGCUGCUUUCAGCUGGGCCGGUUGGUAGAGGCCGAGAGCGCGCUGCUGGGGGGCGAGGACCACCAUAUUGAUGACGAGGAAGCGAUCAGAAAUGUGCCGAAAGGAGCUGCUGGAUUGUAUCUAUUGGGAAAGGUCUGCAGACGCGGAAACAGGAAGCAGCAGGCUGUGGCGUGUUUUGUAAAGAGUCUGGAGAUCGAUCCGUGCUUGUGGGUGGCGUACGAGCAACUUUGUGAGCUCGGCGCUAACCUUGAGGCUUCUCGGUUUUUCGGUGCAGCCAACUGCUUCAAUGGUACCGCAGGAAGAGCAGAUAAGGAGUUUCAGUACAGGAUAGAGGGCCAUGGUGAGGACGUGAAGCCUGUACGACGUUUUGACGACAAGGAGGGAGGGUCUCAGCACAACAUUGAGAACCGACCAACUGACGCAACGACAUUUGCAGCAACGGAACUACGUCCACGCAUUCAUCUUCGUACGCCUCAAAGCACAGUGGCAUCAACAGCUCGGUCAUCGAGACCUCUGGCUCACAAGACGCCAAAUAGGAGCCGCAACGUGCAUACGACGGUGGUCAUGAAGGACACACACGUAGGUAAAGGCAUCAAAAUCCCUGCGCGACAGAGAAAAAGUCGUCGGCGCCCACUGACAGAUACGGACGACAAGCUGCGAGCUAGACUGCCAUUCUCUGCUGGCAAAUUGGAUGACUCGCCACUGAACCCACCAACAUCGGCGUUAGGCACACCGACGUCGCUGUUACCUGCCCGAUAUGUUAGCCACGACAAAGCACUGGCAGACGCUGACUCUUCGCACAGCGAAGCCCAGACCCCUUCGUAUCAAGUUGAUGGGCGGCUUGCAUUGCAGCGGCUACUUCAUUCGUUUGGCUCUAUUUAUCAGAAAAUAAGCAUGUAUCUGUGUCGAGAAGGUCUGGAGAUGCUAGAGCAGCUUCCUGCGUCCCAGUACGCAUCGGGUUGGGCACAGCAGCAAAUUGGACGAGCCCAUUUUGAGAUGGCGGACUACGUGCGAGCACAGGAGGUGUUCUGUGCCUUACAUAGGGCGGAACCGCAUCGAAUGGAAGGCCUCGACUUGUACUCGACGACGUUGUGGCAUCUCAAGAAGGACGUGGAGCUUUCUUACGUGGCGCAGCGAGCAACCGACUUCGACAAGUUAUCAUGUGAGGCAUGGUGUGCUGCCGGCAAUUGUUUCAGUUUGCAGAAAGAGCACGACGUCGCCUUGACUUUUUUCCAGCGGGCAAUCCAGCUGGACCCGUCGUUCACGUACGCGUACACGUUGUCCGGUCACGAGUACGUUGCGAAUGAGGAUUUCGAAAAGGCCGUGAACUGCUACCGACAUGCAAUUCGUACCGACCCGCGUCACUACAACGCCUGGUAUGGUCUGGGCACGAUCUACUUUCGGCAAGAGAAGUUCGAGUUUGCAGAAUACCAUUUCAAGCGCGCGCUGGAGAUCAAUCCUCGGAGCUCCCUGCUGCAUUGCUUUCUCGGCAUGGUCCUGCACGCGAUGCACAGACAUGAAGAGGCACUGGCCACCUUUGCCAUUGCUGCCGAGCUCCAGCCGCUGAACCCGCAAGCCCGGUUUCAACGCGCCAAUGUGCUGAGUACCCUGCAGCGAUACGGGGAAGCGCUGGACGAGCUUCGCGUCUUGCGCGAUUUCGCACCGCGUGAGCCGUCCGUGCACUUUAUGAUGGGCAAAGUGGCCAAGAAGCUUGGUCGCAUCGAGGAAGCCAUGAAGUACUUCACCUUGGCCUUGCAUUUCCAUCCCAAGGACAACAACCAGAUCAAGGCAGCUAUGGACAGAAUCAAUGAGCUGGACGAGGAUGGCGACGGCGACGACGAAGACGACGACGACGACCGCACGUAG